UACCUUAGCAGUCGAGCAAUGGUAGAACAUGAAGCAUUCAAUGUUGAGGGAACCCGCCAUUCAUAACAAGCGCGAAAGGCUCCAAAGGUAUUCACGGCACCAUACUUUAGAAGGCCGCGCGAUUUCGCAUGAGAUUCCCCACCGAAGAUCAUGAUAGCAAGGUCACAGUCGACAUUGACGUUGCAUCCGUCUUACGAGCUCAGUAUAUCAUACUCUGGAAUCUGCAACUUCAUGAUAGCCAUUGAUACGUAGAUUGAUGCGACACUUGAUAAGGAAUUCGGAAUGGAGAGCAGCGAAGGGCGAAGUGGUCCGGGGUGGCAGAAAGCUUACGCCGGGCCACAAGCAAUGCCGCGUGCUGUCGCUCUUUCUUUCAUCGCCGAGUAUCCGUGUGAUGCUCUUGAAGAUUCUCACUCAGCAAGAUCACAACCAUUAUACCUCCACUUGCCCAAGUGUGUCAAUGUUCAAGUGUAUGGGUCCAGCAACCUAAUCUCCUGCAUCCAGAUGGCUCUGAUACAUUGCCUGUCACAAUGCAAGGUCAUCCUCACGCGAGCAAUCGUCACGAGUGUAGCCCAAGGUUUGAAAAGCCGCUUUACACCAGGAAAGCAAGAUGAGCGGGUAGAGGAAAUGAGUUUUCAACAAGUUGGUUCGCUGACAAUAUUAUAUGGUCUCAUUAGGCGCAAUGUGAUAGUAGUUUUGUAUGACAUCUACUGCCUUUUCCGACAGCACAGCGUGGGAUCAUACGAGGAUGUGUGAUGGUAUUGUACUUGCAAAUUAGGGUGAAUUUGUGCCAGAGUUUUGGAGCUUGGGAGGGAGUGAUCUUUGUCGAUACACCUGAGGUUUGUGGUGUAGCCCGUCUUUAGUUCUUCGGCGACUCUUGUUCUGUUCUCUCUCCCGUGACC